AUUAAACAGUUUUAAACGUGGCGCGUGACAUGGCAACUUUUGCUAGUCUCGCCGGGCGAAAUCGGAGAGAAGCUGAUCGACGCCGGAGGCAACCGUCUACAUGAGGACAAUGGCCGGAGUAUGGUACUGUCCACCACUUCCUCCAUCUCUAUCCCCCAAGACUGUAUCCGCCAUAAGAUGCUUCUCAAGCUCGCCGGAGAAUUAUAACGGUAGCCGGAAGAAACAGGCAUCUGCGAUUGUGAAAAUCGCUGUGAGUGGAGUCACAGAGCUUCUUAGGCUUUUCUCCAAUCCGAUCAGUAAGAGUGUUGAUGGAGUUAGGGACAAUCAGGAAGAGGAGUUUGUAGUUACAGGCGUUGAUGAGGUUGUAAAUAUCCUGAAAUCAGAUUAUGAGAAUGCUUACUUUGUUACAGGGAUAUUCACUUCUGCAAUUUAUGCUGACGAUUGUCUUUUUGAAGAUCCAACCAUCAGAUUUCGAGGUAAGGAGCUGUAUUCACGGAACUUAAAGUUACUUGUUCCCUUUUUUGACCGUCCAUCAAUCCAGUUACAAACAAUCAAUAAGAGUAACAAAUAUGGAGUUGAAUUUGUGCUGGCAGCCUGGAAACUAAGGGAAUCAAUUUCAAAUGAUGUUGAUCCUCAACCAUUGGCAGAAAAUCCAACAUUGAAUCAGAUUAGACUACAUGAAGAGGAGAAAUUAAAGAAGCCCAAAGCUUUAUCUGUAAUUCAUGUUACUUUAUCUUAUCCAAUUUUUUUUAGGAUUAUUGAUUGUAAAACAACAAAAGAAGCUUAGGAUAAAUUGCACGAAGAUUUUGAAGGAAGUGCAAGGGUGAAAGUUGUCAAAUUGUUGACUUUCAAGAGAAAGUUUGAGAUGCUAAAAAUGAAGGAUUCACAUUCUGUGAGAGAUUAUACAACAAAAGUGAUGACCAUUGUAAACCAGAUAAGAUUAGCUGGUGAAAAUUUUCCAAAGCAAAUAGUCUUAGAAAAAAUAAUGGUUAGUGUUCUUGAUAAAUUUGAGUCAAAGAUCUCAACAAUAAAGGAGUCUUCUGAUCUAACAACUCUCUAUAUAGCUGAAUUAAUUAGAAAAUUACAAGCCCAUGAACAAAGGGAUACAAUGUAUAAUGAGGAGCUCAGCAUUCCAUGCAAAGUUAGAUAAGAUAAGAAACUUGUUGAAGAAGAUGAUGGACAUGCAACUAAAAAUCAGGUGAAUAUGAAAAAAGGAGUGUUAGGAAAAGAUAAAUUUCCUUCUUGUUGUUUUUGUAAAAAGACUAACCAUGCUGAAAAGAAUUGUUGGUUAAAAAACAAGUACGCGAUUAUUGCAACAAGGAUGAGAAGUUUUGUUAUGGUAAACAAAACCAAAUCCAAAAUUCCUAACAACUAGCAAAUUGUGCAUAUGACAAUGAAGAAACAAUUUUUUUGUUUAUGACAUCUCGUUUUGAUGACAAAGUGUCAACCUCAUGGCUUAUUGGAUAGCGGAUGUAUUACCCACAUGGCUAAAGUUAUCGAUCUUUUUAGUCAAAUUGACAAAUUCAUACCAUCUAAGGUGGUUCUUGGACAUGGUGAGACGGUACUAGUUGAAGGUAAAGGUACUAUCAUUAUGCAUACUAAGCAAGAAUAUCCAAUGUUUUAUAUGUUCCAAGAUUGUCUCAAAACUUGCUUAAUAUUGCUCAAUUGUUGCAUAACAAAUUUUCUGUGAUUUUCAAGGAUUGGGUCUGUGUACUUUCUGACCCACAAGGAGUUGAGAUCGCAAAGGUCAACAUGAUUAGUAAUGCUUUCUUUUUGAAUGGUGACUAUAUAUGUCAUCAUACACUAAAUGCCAAAGUAAAAGAAAGCAAAAAGUGACAUCAUCGCUUUGGUCACUACAACAACAAAGCUUCAAAAAAUUUGCAUUAUUCUAAUAUUGUUGAUGAUUUUUCAAAUUUUACCUCAUUUGAUUAGAUUUUUGAAAGUUGUCAAGAAGGGAAGAUGAACAAACUACCUAUUCUAGAAGGUGGCAAUUUUAAAGCCAAAGCAAGACUUGAAUGGGUGCAUAGUGAUGUUUGCAUCCCAUGCGCAGCACAUCUAUUGGGAAUAAUAAAUAUUUUAUUCUCUUUAUCGACGAUUUUACCAAGAUGACUUGGGUGUAUUUUAUAGCUGACAGAACUCAAGUUUUUGAAAUUUUCAGAAAGUUUGUAAAUUUGGUUAAAACUCAAAGUGGUUAUAAGCUAAAAACUUUGAGAACAGAUCAUGGAAAGGAAUAUACUUCCAAGCAAUUUGACAAAUUUUGUGAAGACUUGGGAAUCCAACAUCAAUUGUCCAUUGCUUAUACACCACAACAGAAUGCUGUAGCAGAAAAGGAAGAAUAGAAUCGGGAUGGAGAUGGUAAGAUGUUUGUUGUUUGGAAAAAAAAUUGCCAAAGAAAUUUUGGGCAAAAGUUGUAUGCACUGCCAUUUAUUUGCUCAACAGACUACCUACGAAAGCAGUAGAAGGAAAGACUUCUUAUGAAGCUUGGGCAGGUAAAAAAACCUUCCUUUAAGAACUUGAAGAUUUUUGGAUCUAUAUGUUACUCUUUUGUUCCUUCUAUCAAGAGACCUAAACUUGAUGAGAAGGCAAUUAAAGAUGUAUUUAUUGGCUAUGUUAUUGAUUCAAAAGGAUACAAAAUUUUUUAUUUAAACACUGAAAAGAUUAUCUUGAGUCGUGAUGUCAUCAUUGAUGAAGAUUCUUAUUGGAAUUUUGAAGAGCAAAAAAUUGUGAGAGAUUUAUCCACUAGUUUUGAAAAUUUAGAACAAAAUGAAUCGUCUUUUGAUUCAAUUGGUUCUAAUGAUCAAGAUGGCCAAGAUCUUCAUUCAAUUAACGACGACCUUGUUGAUGCAAUGGGUGACUAUUCAGAUUAUAAGGUGAGAUCACUUGCUGAUGUUUAAGAAAGUUGUCAUCUUGUUAUCGUUGAGCCAAAUAACUAUCAUGAAGCUUCACAAUCUUCUGAAUGGAUUGAUGCCAUGAAAGCAGAAUUGGAGAUGAUCAAUAAAAAAGAUACAUGGGAGCUUGUUGAACAACCACAAGAAAGAAACACUUUAGGUGUGAAAUGGGUGUUCAGAGUAAAGUACAAUUCUGAUGGUUUAAUCAACAAAUAUAAAGCAAGGUUGGUGGUAAAAGGAUAUGCACAACAACCUGAAGUUGAUUAUGGAGAUACAUUUGUCCCAGUUGUACGACAUGUCAUUGCUUUAGCUGCCCACUUGGGAUGGAAAAUAUUUCAUCUAGAUGUUAAACCAACAAGAGAUUUAUGUCAAUUGACCUGAAGGAUUUGUGAAGGAUGGCAAAGAAAACAAAGUAUAUCACUUGAAAAAAACUCUUUAUUGAUUGAAGCAGGCACCUCAUGCCUGAUAUUGUAAGAUUGAUUCAUACCUACUUCUUUUCAAAAUGGAAACAUGUAAAACCAUUAACAGUAAAUUUGAAAGUCUUGGUGGUGAGAAGCUUCCUAAUCC